GAGCUGCGAGCGCCCGGGGGCUCAUUCUGCGCACGGAGAGCCAAGGGGCGGGACCCGGCCCGGCUGGCGACUCCGGCGAGAUGGCAGCGCCGCUGCGAGCCGCCAAACAAGCGCUGCGAGCGGAGCUGAAGCGGCGGCUGAGGGGGCUGAGCGAGGCGGAGAAGCAGCGCCAGUCCCGCCUGCUGAGCCGCAAGGUGAUUGGGCAUUCCAAGUACCAAGAGUCCCAAAGAAUUGCAGUCUUUCUGAGUAUGCAAGACGAAAUCGAGACAGAAGAAAUCAUUAAGGACAUAUUUCAGAGAGGGAAGGAGUGUUUCAUUCCACGGUACAAGCCCCAGAGCAGUCACAUGGAUAUGGUCAAGUUAACUUCCGCUGAAGAAAUUUGUUCACUUCCUUUGACAUCUUGGAACAUUCAUCAGCCUUGUGAUAAUGAUGUAAGGGAAGAAGCGUUGUCUGUGGGAGCGGGUGGCCAAACGACUCUCUCAGUCCCACCAUCCAACAGCGGUUUAUUGUUUCAGCAUAUAAUAAAUUCCAGGAAUCGCCGCCAAUGUAAAAGAAGUCUUUUAUAGUCAACUUCUUCAGAAAAUCGGUGACAGACAACUCGCUUUCUAUCAUGUGUCGUACCAAGUUCCGUUGAUAGUGCAGCUUAAAAAUGGCGAUAACACCUUGAUCAAGUGGCUGGAUUUUGGAAGUCGUGUUUUUAGGUAAGUAUACAACCCAUAUUUUACUGUCACAGGUUCUGAGUCUUUUGGCUGGAGGAUGUGCUGGGCAGUUGUGUAGCAAAAGAACAGCCUUUUCUUCUAAGCAUUUUGCCCGCAAAUGCUUUCGCAUAGAAGGGACAAAUUUGGUGAAGAACCAUUGUUCAGAAAUCUCUCUUGUCAUCCAGGAAGUUCUGGAGUUCUUGUACGAAAACGGCAGGCAAUUCACAUUUACGUGAUGAAAGCACCAAGGCAUGCAAGACUUUCCAAUGCACAAUGGUUUUAAUUUAUGCUUGCCUU